AUGGCGGGUGCAGGGGCUCUGCUCGUCAUGGUGCCUGUGGGGAUUCUGGUUGUCAUGGUGGCUGUGGGUGGUCCAGCAGUCAUGGUGGCUGUGGGUGGUCCAGCAGUCAUAGUAGCUGUGGGUGGUCCAGCAGUCAUGGUGGCUAUGUGGACUCUGCUCGUCCUGGUGCCUGUGGGGAUUCUGGUUGUCAUGGUGGCUGUGGGUGGUCCAGCAGUCAUGGUGGCUGUGGGUGAUCCAGCUGUCAUGGUGGCUGUGGAUGGUCCAGCUGUCAUGGUGGCUAUGUGGGCUCCAGCAGUCAUGGUGGCUGUGGGUGGUCCAGCUGUCAUUGUGGCUGAGGGUGGUCCAGCAGUCAUGGUGGCUGUGGGUGGUCCAGCUGUCAUGGUGGCUAUGUGGGCUCCAGCAGUCAUGGUGGCUGUGGGCGGUCAAGCAGUCAUGGUGGCUGUGGGUGGUCCAGCUGUCAUGGUGGCUGUGGGUGGUCCAGCAGUCAUGGUGGCUGUGGGGAUUCUGGUUGUCAUGGUGUCAGUGGUUGGUCUAGCAGUCAUGGUGGCUGUGGGUGGUCCAGCACCUUAUAAUUAA